CUUUCCCAACCCUACACUUCUUCAUCGGCAACCAGUCUCCCUUUUAGACCUACUUCAUCAGUCUUGACAAACAUGAUGUCUUUCUUUGGGGUCGCAUUCUUAGGCGGGGUUGUCAGCGUCUACAUGUUUCUACGGGCACUCCUAUACUUUACGCAAGAUGCAAAAGAGCCGCAAUCAAUUGCGCAUACAAUCCCAUUCAUCUCUCCGAUCUUUGGAAUGGCUGCUAAAAAAGCCAACUUCUACAGUGUGAUGAGAGAUAAGUACAACCUCCCAUUGUACACAUUACGAAUGCCCGGGUCGAGGAUAUACGUCAUAAACUCUACUUCUCUUAUUCCCGCAGUGCAGCGCCAGUUUCGCACAUUGGCCUUUACUGCUCUAGAGUCAAGAUUGGCUCGAGAUUUAAUGGGCGUCAGUAAAAGCACGCAUGACAUUAUAUCCCACAAUCUUGUGCGCGACGAAGGGUACCUUAUGACCUUUCCUAAAUUUAUCCAUUCCGCCGUGAGUGCCGGACCAGGACUGGAUGCUAUGAAUAGGAGAUCGGUUGAAGUGCUAGCCGAGUCUUUGGAUAGACUGUCGGGUAAGGGGCCCACGACAACUAAAAUGUUCGAAUGGACGCGCCAUGAGCUAUUAAUAGCGACUACGGAAGGCGUUUAUGGCCCCAAUAAUCCUUUUCGCGAUCCAGCUAUGGAGGAUGCUUGGUACAAAUUCGAACCGGGCAUCAUGAUGUUCGUGUUAAAGCUCUGGCCGCAGUUCCUCGCCAAACAGAGCUUCGAGGCUCGUGAAUACAUGGGUAAGGUCUGGGAGCGCUACUUUGAAUCCGGGGCGUAUAAGAAAGGCUCCGAACUUGUCCAAUGCCGGGUCAAGAUCAACGAAGAUUUCCAAAUUCCUAUUAAAGAGACAGCCAAAAUCGAAGUGGGUGGUUCGUUUGCCAUCCUUGCUAACACGCUGCCAGCCACUUUCUGGAUGACAUAUCAUAUCUUCUCUGACCCCGUAGUGCUGGAGGACAUCAGAACUGAGCUAUAUGAGCAUGUGAAGGAAGUAGAUGGAAUAUGCACUAUCGAUCUUGCGGACGUCAAAGGUUCCUGCCCUAUCCUACUCUCUACAUUUAAGGAGAUGUUUCGCUAUAAUGCGAUAGGUGUCUCCGCUCGCAUCGCAAUGGAGGACCACAUGCUCGAUAAUAAGUACCUCAUCAAGAAGGGGAGUACAGUGAUGAUUCCAUCCAGAGUUCAACAUUCCGUACCAUCGGUAUGGGGCGAAACGGCAAAUGAAUUUUACCAUAAGAGGUUCAUACGACAGCCCGGAAUUAAGGCACCUAACCCUAUUGCUUUCCGCGGGUUCGGUGGGGGUACUACUUUGUGUCCGGGAAGACACUUUGCGUCCACCGAGGUCUUGAUGUUCUCUGCCCUAAUGGCUCUGCGGUUUGACAUUCGUCCAGUAGGCGGGAGAUGGUUGAGACCCACGACGGACAAGUCGCCCCUAGUAGCAGCGGUUCCUGUUCCGGAUUGGGACAUAAAUGUUGAAAUCCGCCCUCGGGACAGCAGGAAGUGGAACGUCUCAUAUUCUGGCUGCAAUACGGACAUGGAGAUUUCGGCGGAAGAUAUUGGAGGCGUCAAGUUGGACGCGCCCCAGUGAGAUUAACAGGUACCUAAUACAAAAGUGGCGUUGCGAUAGGAGGUAGUAAUUACCUCUAAAUAUGUGGGAUAUUAUACCACCCGAAUGGGGGGCCACAUGUUUUGGGGGCCAUACCUUUUUAAUCAGGUGGCUCAAAAGGAAUUUAUGUUGGGGUUAUAAACUACUUCGUCCCUUGGUUCAUGAUGGGUUGUAGAGCGAGGCUUUUGUAUUACCCACUACUAUUCUUUCACAUUCUCUGUUUGUCAGCCUGCCUCAUAUGAGGUAUUUAAGUGCCAGCGGUCACACCGAUUCGUUUAUAUUUAAUAUUGUUUUUUCCAACAACCUCAGACUUCUGUUCAUUUAUUGGCCUUGGAUCACUGGCCGUUUGGUCUGUUGUUCCUUCCUCGUGAAGUAUACCUCCGUCUAACCACCUUUCAAUCACAGAGUGUGUGCGAUACUAUUUUAAGAAAUCGGUUGGUUCAUUCUAAGCCUAUCCGAAGUGCAAUAUUGCUGUGCUAAAUCAAUGUUGAUUCUUGAUAUCUCGUAGCCUACAGAUAGCACGGCGUAAAAAGUAGGAUCCUUCCGAUAGACUCACAAAGUGCUUAAAGCUUGAGUGGUUGCCUUAGCAGUAGCAAAUAUACUAUCUCAGUGGCUGGUUACCAUAGCCUGCCUACUUCCUCGGGCAUGACAACGUAGCAGCACACCCUAUUGUCUUGGUCAAUGCCC